CGAGCCGAUGACAUCUUAUAGACUCGGAGGGACCCAUGCGAUGGAGAGGCGCCGUGAAGAGAUCGAGGACCUGUAUGGACACUUGGCGAUGGGGGGGCCCUUACAUGCAGAUGUUUCACCCCAGGGGAUAAGAAGGGCUGCAUUACUAUUAACCAGAGGACAUGUUUAAGCGUAAGCACACUCACUUGUUGCAUGCAUCUCGUGCGUUAGCUUCUAGCUCGGUCAAGAAGUCACUAAGCAUGCACUGACGGAUGCGCUCUGAGAAGAAGAAGCUGAAUACUCCAGAGAUGAUGUGCCUUCGACCUUUCAAGCCUCAUCCCUGCCUUGAACCGCGAGAGGCCAUGAGCCUGUCCCAACAGGCCGCACUUCUUGUCUGCCUUGGUCUCUUCUUAUUUUCUGGGUCCCUCUGUUCCUUGGUUUCCGCCCGGAUUAGACUAAAGAGAGAAGCCGAAAGGAAGAACCAGAGAAGAGAAGAAGAAGACGAAGAAGACGAAGUUUUGGUGAAGAGAAAAGAGGCUCUGAUGACUAAGCUUGUAAUGUACUGUCAUGAAAGUUACAUUACCGGCUUCUCGUAUUUUUGACCAAUUUUUGAUAUGCAGAAGAAAAAAAGGCCGGCG